CACGGUUUCCGUAAAAGUUCGCAUGUGACCACAGAAGGUCAGUCAUGGCUGCCUGCGUAAGAGUGCUCGAUAAAUGCAUGUUUUCACUGAGGUUGUUACGAAACCUCCAGCUCCAAAAUGAACGGUUGCUCUCCACGUCUGUGUGUCGCCCUGCGCCGGGAAACAAUAGCGAGCAGCCACCGAAAUUCACCCCUCCAUCUAAACCUGUCAUCAUAGAUAAAACACAGACUGCGGCAUCUCUGCGACAGUUUCUGAGCCCAGAGUUCAUCCCUCCCAGACAGAGAACAGACCCUUUUAAAUUUUCCAUUGAGAGGAAAGACAUGAUUCGCAGGAGGAAAGUUCUCAACAUACCUGAAUUUUACGUAGGAAGUAUCCUGGCAGUGACCAUGGCCGAUCCCAAUGCCAAUGGGAAAACUAACCGCUUUGUUGGCAUCUGUAUCCAGAGGGGUGGGAAGGGGCUUGGAGCCACAUUCGUCCUGAGGAACAUCAUUGAUAACCAAGGUGUGGAGAUCUGCUACGAGCUGUACAGCCCUCGCAUCCAGAAGAUUGAGGUGCUGAAGCUGGAGAAGAGGCUAGAUGACAACCUGAUGUAUCUGAGAGACGCUCUACCCGAGUACAGCACUGUGGACCCGGACAUGAAGCCUGUGCCCUUCUCCCCUACUGGAGAGGUGCCUGUCAACAAGAUGAAGGUAAAGAUGCGCCCAAAGCCAUGGUCCAAACGCUGGGAACGACCGAAGUUCAACAUCCAGGGCAUCCGCUUUGACCUGUCCCUGACCCCAGAGCAGAUGGAGCAUGCCCAGAAGUGGGCACAGCCUUGGCAGGAGUACGACAUGCUGAAGGAGUACGACACCUCCAAACUGGAGGAGCAGCUCCUCAGUGAGGUCCAGCAGGAGAUGAGCAAGUGAGGAAGAUCCUCCUAUAGCAUUCUUCAGUUUGACCAUCAACAGACCUUUUUCAGGAAAAGACUGGAAUAUGAGGUCCGCGUGGACGUGGACCACGCUGCUGGAUUGUAAUCAGUUUUGAAUUAAUCCAGAUGGUUUACCACAGCCACACCAGUGUAUAUGAGGAGCCAAUAUGGAAACUGGUGUUGUAUUCUGAGGAGUCAUGCUGCCGCCUUUUUGUCUCGUCAGUCUACUGUACAAUGGGUUUCCAAUGUCACUGGCCUCAGUUAUGACAUUUACCAGUAUGCAGAUCCAUUGAGUGGUUUCUAAAAUAAAAGCUAUUCAACGCCCAA